UACAUGCCGGAUUGUCCAGGAGGCAGGAUCCCUUUCUUCAGAGACAUUCCUAAGAUUUCUUUACUUUUCUAGAGACUUAACCAUAAAGUUCUGAGUGUCUUUGGUUGUAUGACAUCUUAACUUGUGGUUUCAUGAUAUGGGACACUGUAUACAAAUAUUUUAAGAUGUGGUUGUGGAUUUUGAUUGGUCUUAACGUCGUCACAAAAGUGCAUGGGUACGCAAAUGGUUACUUCCCAGAUUCAUGUGGAAAUAUGUUCGUUAACCACAGGGGUAGAGAUGGGGUGCAAUAUGUACCUCAGAACACUGAACUGCCCUUUACGAUGACUUUAACCUACAGCCAAAAGGGAGACCCUAUCAAAGUGACUCUCAAAAGAAAACAAUCUGCAGAGUUCAAGGGGUUUAUGUUGGAGGCUUGGACGAACGGCACAGAACAUCCUGUUGGAAAUUUCAUCUUGCUUGAAUCUGAUAAGACUCGACUCCUGAAAUGCCAUAAUAUACCAGGCCAGGCUGUUUCUCAAAGAAACAAUCAAAGAAAGACUUUGAUUCAUGUUAACUGGACGGCAGGCGGACAAGACAUCACAGAUAUCAAUUUUAGAGUCACAUUUGUUGAGUCUUUCAGCAGAUUCUGGAAUAUGGUGAAUUUUAAUGUCACUUUACCUUCACCCACCACGCCCUCACCGAAUGACACAACGCCAAUGACUACAAUAAAAAAUACAACACCAGGUACUACAACAGAGACUACAACGCCAAGUACUACAACAGAGACUACAACACCAGGUACUACAACAGAGACUACAACACCAGGUACUACAACAGAGACUACAAAGCCAAGUACUACAACAGAGACUACAACACCAGGUACUACAACAGAGACUACAACACCAGGUACUACAACAGAGACUACAAAGCCAAGUACUACAACAGAGACUACAACACCAGGUACUACAACAGAGACUACAACACCAGGUACUACAACAGAGACUACAAAGCCAAGUACUACAAGAGAACCAAGCACGACCACUCAAAGGCCCGGACUUUUAGACCUAUUUAAGGGAGUAGGUACUUCGGUGAUGAAUUUCAGAAGCGUGCUGGUGCUACUCAGAAUGGAACUACCUACUAUAUUAAUGACCAUGACCACCCUCGUUAACAGCCUCUGUUCUCAUCCAAAUAAGGGAUUAAAGAUAUCAUGCUGUCUGCUUUGUGCAGCAAUUGAGAUAUCAGCCCUGGUCUUGUUUUGUUUGGCUGAGCCCAUUAAAGUCAUUCUCCUUGUUCUUGUGUGUGUGACGAUAGUAAUAAAUUUCGUGGAGCUGGUAAUCGUCUGUCUGCCAAUUGGACCCAGUCAUGAACUGAAGGAGAUCUCAGACAUUACAGUCGAAGGGUGCUCUGUCAUCCAUAGCAUUUUUACAACUGCUGUCUGGCCGGCAACAUCCAUCUUCCACCAGAUCAGGGAGAGUGACAGAUUGCUCUCCAGGCGGCUGAUCGAAGGGCCACCGGUACCAGUUAGCCAAUCACAGCAGGAGAGGAUCAAGCCAAAUAGCUGA